GGAAUAAGAGAAACGAAGAGUAAGAUUGAAAAGAAUGAGAAAAUCGGGGAGAUACGUCAUAGCGGAAGCGAGGAGAUUGCGAGGGGCGCUGGUGCAUCGCGAGUAGUAUACGUCAGACGCGCGAAAAUGACGACGGGUUGGCGCGGGAAGGGGAAGUUCGCGCGAGAAACCGGCGGCGGCGAGUCGAAGGAAAAGGGAACGGAGAACGGUGCGCCCGCUGGUGGAGGUGACGGCGAGAGGAGGGAGGGGGAGCCAACUCGGCUACCUGCCGAUCGAGAGAGCUCAGUCGGUGUCCGCCAGGUUGAAAAUCCGCCGCUUCUCCCUGCUCCUUUACUAUCGCACGUGAUACUUUCUAACGCCUUAAUAAUUCUUACCGAGAAGUUAGGGGAAAACAUAUAGUUUGUAGUUAGUUAGUUGUUAGUUGGACCUGAAAGAUCCAAAAUUGGCGCGCAUAAGAGUAUCGAAGAGGGUGCGAAAGACGAAAGUUUGUACGGACGAGAUACGUUUCUCUCCUAGUGUGUCUGUUUUUUUUUCUUUUUUUGUGUGCGUGCAUGUCGCCUGUGUGUGUACGUGUGUUGUUUGCGCGUUCCUCACGAACGUUAUCGAAAAGGAUAUAACGCGCUCAUAACGCGCUUUAACGUGGAACGGAUUUAUCUUUUUCAUUUUGUUCUUUUUUUUUUUUUUUUUUUUUUUUUUAUAUUACUAUCCUUAAAGAACAGUUUACGCGAACCGUGUGUUUCGUCCUUUUGUUUUCUCUCAACCAGUGCGCGCGAGUGGACUCACGCAGGCGCGUUCAUAAUAAGCGCGCACGCGUUCACCAUACAUUCGACUUGUGUUUACGUUAUUGUUACGUGUUCCUGGUAAUAUUCUUCAUUUUCCGCGUAAACGAAGACGAGGACAAAGACGACAAGGAGCUAACUUUGAAUUACUUUUCUUUCGAUUAGAACGAACGACAGGAGACAUGCUCGAUUUAUUCAACAACGGUAGACAGUAGCCUUCGACGAUACAGGACGUAAAAAAAUACUCGACAUGGCAUCAACCGGUUGGCUCUGGUGUUUGUUCUGCGUGUUCCUUCAUUUCCAUGACGUCGCAUCGAAAGCCGGUCUGUGCGAGGUGGAAUCCGGUCAAUCCAACAUUAUUCUGGACAUCGAGGAGAGCAGAGGAAACGCUAUCGAUCAGAAGACAACGCCGGAAGAGUUACCAGUGUCUGGCGAUCCUUACAACGAGACAACAUUGGAGUUGAUUUUUCCUGGCAGACAACCGCUCUUUAAAUUGAUCGGGAAGAAACUUCAGCUUUUAGAACCUCUGGAUAGAGACGACGAGAAUCUAUCGCACGUUGUCUUUCAGUUGAGCUGCACCGUCAAGCUGACCAACAAGAAGCGCACGAUACCAGUUAUCGUCAGGGUUUCAGAUAUCAACGAUAACGCACCUAAAUUCAUCAAUACGCCUUAUGAGACUACCGUACCCGAGCUGACGCCAGUCGGUUCGACGAUCUUUAAGAACGUCGUUGCGAUCGAUGCCGAUGCAGGAGUGAACGGUAUAGUUGAAUACUCGAUUGCACCAGGAGACGGAACAGGAAUUGGUAACAACGAUGGGGUCGGUCGCAAUAGGAUCACAACCGCGGAUGGUUAUGGAUACUUUAGCAUCAAUUUGCCUCAUCAGGGUCAGGUUACCGUCAAUCGUACUCUUGACUUUGAGAGAACGCAACGUUACUUGGUCACUAUUCUGGCUUCUGAUAGGGCGUUGAACGUAUCGGAUAGAUUCACAUCCACGACCACCUUGACUGUGAACAUCAGAGACGACGAUGAUCAAGAUCCAUCCUUCAUCUACCAAGGUUGUAUGCUGCUGGAUGGCGCCUGCAUUAAUCCGGAAUACUCGGCAUCCGUAUCGAGUGGAGUAUUGUCGGGAAUAUUGAACAUAUCACCGGAGAAAAUACAGGCAGUUGAUAUGGACAGCAUAAACGCGCCUAUUCAUUAUUCAUUUCUCAGUGGAAAUCCAUCCAACUACAGAGAUUUCUUCGAGAUCAAUCCGAAUUCAGGUGCGGUCAAGCAGAUCAAGGCUGUCGACACGUCGGUCACUAAAAAGUUCGACAUAAUAAUAAAGGCGGUAGAGGUGUCGGAAGCAAAACGAUCUGCCACGGCGAAGCUGAUAAUCACGGUGAAACCGGUCGACAGCAAUCCACCGGUGAUCACAGCUUCGAACAACGAGGGUUUUGUCGACGAGAAUGCGCCGGUCGGUACAAAGGUCAUCGAUAAAAAUGGCAAGCCAAUAACGCUUACCGUAUCCGAUGCCGAUCUGGGUAUCGACGAUCCAAAACCAGCGUACACGUUCGAACUAACAACGAGUUACUUUUCGAUCGAUCCGUCUGGCGUCCUGAUCGUUAACGAGGAAAAUCUCGAUCGGGACCCACCGAAUCCUGGCCGUUUCCGAUUUCAGGUAGUAGCCAGAGAGAAAACGGGCUUGGCCGCAUCGGCGCCGCUUUCUUUCGUCGUGACGUUGAACGACGUUAACGAUAACGCGCCUCAUCUUCCAAUGACAGCACCGAUUUCGGUCCAGGCCGGUGAGACGAGACGCCAAGUGACAAAGGUAGAGGCGACGGACAACGACGAGGGUGAGAACGCCGAGAUAACGUAUAGUAUUUAUCACGUGUCAAACAAUGGACUGCACAAGUUCAAAAUAGAUCCUAAAACUGGUAUUAUCGAGUCCGUGAGGAAACUCAAUGCAGGAGAACAGUACAGCAUAACAGUUCAGGCUACCGACAAAGGUGGCAAAUAUUCUCAAACUAUCGUCGAGGUAAAUGUUAUUCCUGGACCGAAUACGAGGAGUCCAAUUUUCCAACAGCCCGUAUACGAGGUACAAGUUAGCGAGGGUGCUUCGAUCAAUUCUACGGUUGCCACUAUAACUGCCGUUGAUCCGGAAAACGAUCCCGUCUCAUAUUCCAUUGUUUCGGGAAAUGAUUUGAGACAGUUUGCGAUUGGUGACAAAUCCGGCGUUAUCACCGUCAUAAGAAAAUUGGACAGAGAAGAUUUGACUCGUUAUCAAUUGUUGAUAAAAGCCGAGGACACCGGUGGACUUUCGAGUACGGCUACGGUCAAUAUCAAGGUCACCGACAUCAAUGACAAAAAUCCAGAAUUCGUCGAGCUGCCAUAUCAAUUUUCUGUAAAGGAGGGCGAGGCACGUAAGUUGAUAGGUCGCGUACAUGCCGAGGAUGCCGACGAGGGUAUCAAUGCGGAAAUCACUUAUUUCGCUCCGGAUGAUAUUCCAUUCACGGUCGAUCCCGAGACCGGCGACGUCCUCACGAAGAUCGUUUUGGAUUACGAGCAGAAUGACGAAUAUAAAUUCGUGGUAACCGCGAGAGACGGAGCACCUGAUUAUCGCUUGGCAACUGCAACCGUUACCGUCAAAGUGAUAGACGUAGAGGACGAAGUUCCAAUAUUUCGUCAGAGUAGUUACGAGGCCCGAGUUAAGGAGAACGUCCCGGAUUACAUGGUGAUACAAGUGAUGGCCGAUGAUCCGGACACAAAGAAGCAAAUCACAUAUACGAUCAAGCAAGGCGACAUCGAACUCUUUGCCAUAGACCCGAAGAAUGGAGUGAUAAAAACCACUCGUGGUCUUGACUAUGAAAGAGAGAGCCAACAUAUUCUUAUCAUCGGGACGGUCGAGAACACGAGCGAUCUCCCUGGUUCUACCACGAGGGUCGUCGUCAAUGUCCAGGACGUUAACGAUAUACCACCGAUCUUUACCAUGGUACCUCGACCCAUUACACUGGAUGACGACUCACCUAUAGGAACGACGGUUAUCAAUCUCGUCGCCGCAGAUUCUGACGGCACGGCACCCGGAAAUCAGGUGCGAUACGAGAUUAUAGGUCGUGGUAUAGCCAGCAAAUACUUUGUCAUCGAUCCUGAUACCGGAGUGAUUAGAAUACGAGAUGAUCUUCGAAAAGAAACUGACUCCGAAUAUCAGGUGGACGUACGAGCAUACGACAUGGGCGAACCUCGAUUGUCAUCCGUGACAACAGUCCCGAUUUUUGUUCGACACGUCGCUACCGUGCCGCCAGAGGUCGGCUUGGGCUUUGCAGAGAAUUCGUACAACGUCGAGGUACCGGAAGAUGCUGCCGACGGGACGUUGAUAAAGAUAAUUACGAUCAUCAACAGUCACGCUCAUGAUUCGACGCCCUUGAAAUGUGAGAUUUACAGCGGAAAUGAGAACGAUUUGUUCGAGGCAAAUGUCACCGAGGAACGCAAUUGUGCUCUUAAAUUGAAAAAGGCUGCUCUCGACUAUGAGACAACCGAAUUUUAUCAGAUCAAGAUCAGGCUAGAGUCGUUGUCCGGUUUAUUGAACUCUGGUCGCAACACAACCAUGGUAAAGAUUCAAGUCAUAGACGUGAACGACAACAAGCCGGAAUUUAUCUUUCCCGAGGACGAUUACAAACUGAGAAGGGCUCGUUACUUUGCUGCGAUACCACGGAAUGCACAGUUCGGAUCGAGUGUUAUACAAGUAAAAGCACACGACAAGGACAACGGGAAAUACGGAAAAUUGGAGUAUAAGAUUCUCGAGGGACGUGGCUCUGAUUAUUUCGCGAUGGAUGCUUUCUCUGGAAUAAUACGAACUACCGCGACCUUUGACAACGUCGAUCCUUCCGAGUUACCCUUUAAAUUCGACGUGAACGUACGUGACAAUCCAAACUCGACGAUAAACUUCAACUCGAUUGUUGCCCCGGUGAUAGUUAAUUUAAUAGGCGAAGAAAAUCUAUUGAUCCUGGUAGUUCAGGAUGCGGCACCUGAGGUACUUCAGAAGGAUGCCAGGAGAAUAGCGAACAUCAUCGAGGAAAAGAGUGAACUCUUGGUCGGUAUCGAUAGGAUCGCCGUUAGGAAGGUUCGCACGAAGAAUGGAACGGUCGAAACUUAUCCCCAAGACUCGGACGUUUGGUUUUACGCUAUCGAUCCCGAUACUGAACUGAUAUUGGAUCGCAAUAGCUCUAGAAUCCAGAGGUCGAUCGUCGAAAGAACUGCGGUAUCGAACAUCACGUUUGACGUUUCGACGUUGGUACGCGCUAACGCAAUCGACAUACACGCACCAGUAAUGUACGCGGAGCCCGUUCGCACGCAAACAGCUGUGGCGUUCAGCGGAGAAGUAUUCCCAUAUGCUCUGAUCAUCAUAGCCUGCGUCAUCCUCAUACUUGGAAUCGCCGGAAUAAUCUACAUCUGCGUAUCUUGGUCCAGGUAUAAGGCAUACAAGGAGCGAAUGCAACGGAUGUAUGUUGUACCUCGUUACGAUCCCGUCUACGUCGAGCCCAAUUUGAAGGAAUAUGAGACGCAGGUGCUUCAAAUGAGCGUGCCCGUAGAUGACAAUGACAGUUACAACGACUUGCAACUUGACUUCAGCAACAAGAAUCAUGCCUUCAGUUUGGACAACGUUAGUUAUAUUACCAAAGACCACGGUGGGAGUACCGGCCAACAAAGUCCUGUGAGUUCGGAAGCUGCGACCACGGCUCGAGCCUCUAGUAUAGCCGGGAAUCAUGCGGAGGGUAACGUCCAUUCACUUCGACGAUCGACUCUUGGUCGUAAGAAUCACACAACCAGCAACAGCAAUACCAUCAAUAAUCACGACACCACCACACCCGUCCUCAAUCCUCUUUACAAUCAUGGCGGUGAUCUACUCAGUGCAAGUCCUUCCAACGAUAACGUUACGUUCCGAGAAAAGAAGGACUAUUCUCAUCUUGGAUUUACUUACUUGUACGAGCAGAGCCCCGUGGAAACGACCACUGAAUUGUAAGCUUGAUCCGUUAUCGAGUUCAACCGAAAAAUUUCCAUGUGAAUUACGACUUUGCGAUAUGAAGAGGGAAGAAUUUAACCGGGAAUAGAAUAGAAUUCUCUCCCGGGGAAUGUGCUUUGCUAAAUUUCGAAUGAAAUACCAGGGACCUUUUCUUCCACUUUCCUGAGCGUGUUCCUUUGAAAAAGAGGCUCGCAUUCGUAGCAGUCUUUCCGCAGCGAAUUUAUUAAUAAUGACCUCGCUGAUAUUUAAAAAAAAGUGCCAGAGAUCUUUUUUCCUUUAUUUUUUUUUUUUUUUUUUUCAAACGAACGCAUCGAAGCGUUUUUAUUAGCUAGAAGAAACGACGAGAAUUCCUUCCGUAUGGAUUAUCACCGCGCGGUGAUCGAUAGCGAACGACGUUUACCAAGAGUAAGAGAAACUCGCGAGGGAUCGCGAGCCUAUACUAUAUUUUUUCUUUUCUUUUUUUCUUUUUUUUUUUUUCUUUUUUUUUUUGAAGAUACAAAUCCUCUUUGAGAAUCUCAACGAGAGUACGGAUGCCGUGAGAAAUAAUUUUCGUUGGAAAUAUCGGGAUAGAGAGAAAAGAAAUGAAGAAAAAUAUGGCAAAUACCUAGAGAUAGGAAUAUAUGUAUAUUUUUUUUUUCUUCGUUCGAUUAAUCGAUUUUUUACUCGUUCAUCGAUCAGUCGUGCAAUCUUUGAUGACAAUCAAUUAAAACAGUCCAUCGAGAGCCAACGGACUUUUAUCCAUCAAAGUUUUUAAGCGUUUUACUUUUCUCUUUGAACGCAACAACGUACGGCUUUUAAUCGCACGGAUAACGAAUAGUACUAAGGGUUCUUUUAUCGAAAGUCUAUGUGCCGUCCAAUGAAAAGAAAUAUAUAGGAUGUAGCGUUUUCGCAGAAAAAGGAGUGAAAAAAUUGUCUGAGUGUUCUUGUUUUUUUCUUCUUCUUUCUUUUUUUUGUCUUUGUUUUGUUUGUUUUUUCAGUGCGAGAGUGAGUUGUCAGAAUGAUCAAAGGAAUGUAUGAAAGGAAAAAUACCGAAUUUGUAUUAUAUCAUUUUAUCAUAAUAUUUAUAUUAUUGCGUAAAGUUCUAUUGCCUACUUUCGAAUAAUUUUAUUGUAUUAUAUGUACGCGUGUCGUUGUUAACGUAUACGUUAAAGAAAGCGCGGGAAAACCGAAUAAGGAGAGAUUCAAGCCAAUCCAUCGUUUCCUUUUAAAGUCCAUUGAGUUUUUAUCACGCGAUCUAGACGAUCGUCGAACGUGUUGUGAAAUCCAUGUACUUAAUGGGAGAUAAUUAGGAUUAAGUAUUAAUGUCGUAACGUUUGAUUACCGGGGCACCGAUGAACAAUUCCGAUCCUUUCAUAAUCUACAUUUUCUCUAGUCUUAAGACGAGAAUUUAAUAACACGUCGACGCAUGAACGUGCGCGCACGCACGCAAACACACAUACACACACACACACACACACACGCACGCACGCACGCACACACACAUACAUGCGCACAGUUACACGCACUCGGAGAUCGUACAUUUUGCUCGACGGAUACGUGAUCGGUGUUUCGCCCGAAAUGAAAAAAUUUCUAACAGGUAUCAUUUCACUCGUGGUUGAAUAUUAUUUAUGAACGAGAAGAAUAGCGACGAUUGUAUAAAUUGUUAAUACUUAAAUAUAAAAAUUUAUUAUAUUUACAUAAAUAAUUAAA